GCAGAGAUAAUGAACUAUCCACUGGCAUGCAACAAUUGGUUUGACUACUGAAUUUUGUUGGACAAGAACAAUCUGCCAUCUAAGGGAUUCUCGUGCACAAUCCAAUUUCUCCGCAAAUGAAAGGAAUAUCACACUUUUCAACUGGUCCCGCAAAUUCUAGCAUCCAUUUAUUUCUCACAAAGCUGCUUAUGCUAAAUCUGCCUUCAAAACCCAACUUACCUAUCCGAAAUCCCGAUGGACCAGUGAAAGCCACCUGAAUUACAACCUUGGAUCCAUCACUUGCAAGCAAAUACAAACCAGUACCAUUCAUCAACAUCAACGAUACUGCUCCAUUGGAGUUUUUGUAAGCCUUUGUAUCCAUGGACAAUUUCCAUUGCAGCACGACAUCACUGUCAUCAAUAAACUCUUGCUCGGUUGCUCCCAUGAAGAACCACUCGCUGCUGACACCUAUAUUCUUCAUCUUCUGCCCAGUUUUCAUUUUUUGUCAUUUCACAGUCGCUACUUCGACACCCCCUUACAAAGCUGUUGAUCAUAUAGCUCUCAACUGUGGCACUUCUGGAAACUCAAAUCCUCCCGAUGGGCGUAACUGGACCGGCGAGAUAGGUUCCAAGUACGGUCCCACAGAACAAAACAACAAAUCUACUUUCUCUGACGCCCAAAGCCACAGCUCCGUUGGGACUGUCCCCUACACGACAGCCCGUCUAUCACAUUUCCAGUUCACAUACUCGUUUCCGGUCGCUGCUGGACCCAAAUUUGUUCGGUUGUACUUUUACUCGGCUUCUUACUCAGGUUAUGAAAAGUCUAAGGACUUUUUCACUGUCAAAGCAGGUUCGUUCACCUUACUUGGAAACUUUAGUACUUCUGAUUCAACGGAAAGCAAGAAUUUUUUCAAGGAGUUCUGCAUCAAUGUUGAAGAGAAUCAGAUAUUGAAGUUAACGUUCAUCCCCUUUUCUAGUGAUUACUAUGCUUUCAUUAAUGGAAUUGAGAUAGUCUCCAUGCCCAUAGACCUGUAUUAUAGCCAAAAAGGUUUCAUCAAAGAUGAUUGGGUCCCCCUAUACGUCGCCCAAGCUCCUCAAUUCUACAUAAACUACAGCAUGGCACUAGAGAUGGUUUAUCGAUUAAACGUGGGCGGGAACUUGGUACCACCAAUGGAAGACACUGGCAUGUUUAGAGAAUGGUCUGAGGCCGUAAAUAAAUAUUCGUGGAGGGACGGUGACGGUGUCCGUGUAAUCCCUCGUGAUCCAUCUUUGAAACCCAAAUACUCAAAAAUACCAAAUUACACUGCACCUGAUCCUAUCUAUCAGUCUGCAAUAACAAUGGGUCCGAAUAGAGCCAAGAACAAGCAGUCUAAUUUGACAUGGGGAUUACCUGUUGAUACGGGAUUCAAGUAUCUGGUGAGGCUCCAUUUCUGCGAAUUAGAGUCCAAAAUAAACGCCACUGGCAAUAGGGAAUUCACCAUCUAUAUAGAUUAUCAGCUAGCUGAAGAAAGGGCCGAUGUAAUCUUGUGGACUGGCAGUAACGAUACGCCUUUCUACAAGGACUACGUAGUAAUGAUCCAGAACAAGGGUGACGACACGCAUCAGCUUUCCAUUGAUCUACAACCUAGAACAUCAGAGGGAACUUUGAUCGAUGCCAUUUUAAACGGUGUGGAAGUGUUCAAAUUGAGCAACCCAGAUGGCAAUCUUGCCAGACUACAUAUGGUGCCUCCACAGCUGGAUCAACAACCUCCUACAGCAGCCAACGAGUCCAAGACAAAGAAGACAACAUUCAUUGCCAUAGGAAGUGGUGUGGGCUUAUUAGUCGUGCUCAUCCUAGUGUGUUGCAUGUUUCUCUGUAAACUGAAGAAGACCAAGCGCUAUGGUUCUUACCAUCCACUAGCAAAGUGGUGGUGUUGGUCUAGGCCAGAUCCUCACAAAAGAGAGUUCUCAAGGAGAACAGCGUCAUCACUACCUACAGAACUAUGCCGCUACUUCAGACUAGAUGAAAUCAAAACAGCAACCAACAACUUCAAUGAAGAUUUAAUUAUCGGUGUAGGUGGCUUUGGCAAUGUUUACAAGGGUCUUAUCGAGCAAGGCAAUAUGAUGGUGGCAAUCAAGCGCAUGAAACAGGAAUCUCGACAAGGUGUUCAUGAGUUUAUGACAGAGAUCGAGAUGCUUUCUCAACUUCGUCAUGUGCACCUUGUGUCUCUCAUUGGAUACUGCAAUGAUGAGAGUGAGAUGAUACUUGUUUACGAGUACAUGACAAAUGGUACCCUCCGCCACCACCUUUAUGAGACCCCUAACAAUCCCCUUACCUGGAAACAAAGGCUCCAGAUAUGCAUAGGAGCAGCACGUGGUUUGCACUACCUCCACACUUGUAAAAAGCACCCAAUUAUCCACCGUGACGUGAAGACAACAAAUAUUCUAUUGGAUGAUAAAUGGGUAUCCAAGGUUUCGGAUUUUGGAUUGUCCAAAAUGGGUUUGGAUAACAAUGUUGUUAGUACCCUAGUAAAGGGGACAUGGGGGUAUUUGGAUCCAGAUUAUGUAAGGCGACAGCAAUUAACUGAGAAAUCUGAUGUGUACUCAUUUGGUGUAGUGAUGUUUGAAGUGUUGUGUGCCCGGAAAGCACUAAAUCAAAGACUCGAAGAAGAGCAACGAAAUUUGGCAAGUUGGGCUCGAAAAUGUAUUGAGAAAGGGACCAUCAGUCAGAUCAUUGAUCCAUAUCUAAUGAACAAGAUAGCGCUAGAGUGUUUCAAGGUAUACGUGGAACUUGCAGAGAGUUGUGUAAGUGAUUAUGGAAUCCAACGGCCCACGAUGAAUGAUGUGAUGGAAAAGUUGGAGUUUGCAUUAGAGCUCCAAGAAUAUGCAGAAGCAACCAAGGAUAACGAUUCAGAAGUGGUAUCAUUCUGUGUUGCCACUGACAAUGGAGCUCCUUGGUACAACAGUGUUUACCAUGGACAAGUGUUGGAGUCAACUAGUGGAACUGAGUUAAGUACGAUUAGUACUGGAUUAAGUUACCCAGGUCUUAAUUCUGUUACUAUUAGUAUCACAAGUCAAGAUGUUUCCUCAGGCACUAAAAAUAGUAGUUCUUAAGCUUUAUAAUUAUUGUUUGGCUAAAGUGCAAAGUGUACUUUCUAAAUUUGAAUAAAAUUCAAUUUAGUCUCCUAACUUUACUUUCGUUCAA